GUGCCGCACACUCACUCGCAACACCUCCGCCUUCAACCCUCACCUUCACGGCGAUAGUAGAGAGCUACUCCUAUCGCUCUCCCUUCAAGAUGUCUGGCCCGGAAGUCCACCAUCUCUUCCACCACCCUAUCGCAGACCAUUCGUUCUCGGCGGACCGCCAAACCCUUGCCGUGGCACGAGAGAAUAAUGUCGAGCUGUAUCACCGCUCCGGCUCCAAGUUUGCGUUGAAAGAUGAAUUGAAGGGCCACGACAAGACCGUCACCGGCGUGGACAUCGCGCCCAAUAGUGGGAUGAUUGUGACUUGUUCUCAAGACCGCAACGCCUACGUCUGGGAACCCGCCCCGUCCGGGGAAUGGAAACCGACCCUUGUCCUCCUUCGCAUCAACCGCGCCGCCACGUUCGUACGCUGGUCACCCUCGGAGAAGAAGUUCGCCGUCGGCUCUGGCGCCCGCGUCAUCGCAGUCUGUUACUUUGAAGAGGAAAAUGACUGGUGGGUCUCGAAGCAUCUGAAAAAGCCCAUCCGGAGCACCAUCACGACAGUAGCUUGGCACCCGAACAGCGUGCUUUUGGCGGCUGGUUCGACGGACAGCCAUGCCCGGGUCUUUUCUGGCUUCAUCAAAGGCAUCGAUGAACGCCCUGAGCCGAGCGUGUGGGGGGAGAGACUGCCCUUCAACACCGUGUGCGGAGAGUACUUGAACGACUCGGCCGGGUGGGUGCAUGCCGUGUCCUUUUCGCCCAGUGGCGACGCAUUGGCGUUCGCGGCGCACGAUAGCAGCAUUACCGUCGUGUAUCCCAGCGGACCGGACCAGCCACCAAAGGCGAUGCUGAACAUCUCGACGCAAACCCUCCCCUUCACGUCGCUGAUCUGGAACGGCGAGGCCGAGAUCCUCACCGCGGGUUAUGAUUGCGAGUGUUUCCGGUUCCGAGGCGGUGAGCAAGGGUGGGAGCUGGUGGGCAGCGUGGAGAUGCAUAAGCGCCCGGGUAUGGGUGGCGCAAUGAGAGAGGAGUCCGCGCUGAACAUGUUCCGACAGAUGGACCUCAAGGGGAAGGUCAAAGAUGACACACAGUUGAGCACCACGCAUCAGAACACGAUCAACACGAUCAGGGCGUUCGAGGGCGGUCCUGGGCGCGUGACCAAGUUCAGCACAAGUGGUGUUGAUGGACGGGUUGUCAUCUGGACGCUUUAGAGGUUGUAUGUCCCACCGGAAAACUCGGGCUCGAUGCGCAAUGCUUUGAGACCCAUAGAAGACGUUUGCUCAUUUGAUCCUCGGACCAGAGCAGACUCGCUAUAGGAUAAAAUCUAACAGGGAGAAAUUUCCUUCGCGAUAGCCUCCGUUCCAC